AGAAGGUACAAAAUUAUCAACCGUGCACCGGCGUGUGGUCACUCCGUACGGUGACGGUAUCGUAAGCAUUUGUUGUUGUUUUUCUUUAAUUUAUAGGAUAGACAUUUCUGAUCAAACUGAAGGAUGCCAACGAUUUCGGUAAACAAGGAAGAAUUGUUUAAAGCUCUUGGAAAACGUUACACCUUUGAAGAAUUUGACGAACUAUGUUUUGAGUUUGGAGUAGAACCAGAGGAGGCAGAUGAAAAGGAAAUAACAGAAAACCCAGAAGCUGCAUUAGAAUGGAAGAUUGAAAUUGGUGCCAACAGGUAUGACUUGUUGUGUAUUGAAGGACUGGUCAGGGGGCUUCUGGUGUUUUUAGAAAAAAUUUCACCCCCACGAUAUAAAGCCAUCCCACCAUGGACUGGUAAUACACAGAAGCUCAUUGUUUUACCAAGGACUGCAGAAGUAAGACCAUUUGCAGUGGCAGCUGUUUUAAGAAAUAUCACUCUUACUCCUGAAAGAUAUAAGAGUUUCAUUGACCUUCAAGACAAGCUUCACCAAAAUCUCUGCAGGAAGAGAACAUUAGUGGCCAUCGGUACACAUGACCUGGACACAAUAAAAGGACCCUUCUACUACGAUGCUAAGCCCCCGUCAGAAAUCAAAUUUAAGGCUCUGAAUCAGACAGAAGAAAAGACAGCUCCACAGCUUAUGGAACUCUACUCUAAUGAGAGUCACUUGAAGCAGUAUCUUCACAUAAUCCAGGACAAGCCUGUAUACCCUGUUAUCUAUGACAGUAGAGGGGUGGUGUUAUCCAUGCCACCUAUUAUUAAUGGGGACCACAGUAAAAUAACACUGGAAACAAAGAAUGUUUUCAUUGAGUGUACAGCCACCGACCUCAACAAAGCCAAGAUUACGCUGGACACGAUUGUCACGAUGUUUGGCCAGUAUUGUUCCCCACCUAAUGAAGGAACAGAAUCUGUAGAAGUUGUGAAGCCCUGUGGAACUAGUGUUAUGUACCCUGAACUUCACUAUAGGCUGGAAGAAAUAGAUGUAUCAGAAACAAACAACAAGAUAGGAAUUUGCAUCCCUCCUGGAGAGAUGGCCAGACUUUUGACCCGAAUGUGUUUGGAGUCGACUCCUUUUGACAGUGGCAAUAAAAUUAUGGUGGAGGUCCCACCCACAAGGCAUGAUGUUAUUCAUGCCUGUGAUAUAGUGGAAGAUGUAGCCAUUGCCUACGGGUACAACAACAUAGAAAAAACGAUUCCCCAAACCAACUGUAUCGGAAACCAGUCCCCUAUCAACAAAUUAUCUGAUUUACUGAGACAGGAGAUUGCUGCAGCGGGUUUCACAGAGAUUUUGACAUUUGCUCUGUGUUCCCGAGAUGAUUUAGGAGAGAAAUUAAGAAAAGAUAUCAAAGACAUUAAUACAGCUCAUAUUGCCAAUCCCAAAACACUGGAAUUUCAGGUUGCAAGGACAACACUGCUUCCAGGAAUACUGAAAACUAUCAAUAAAAACAUGGGGAUGCCACUGCCACUUAAGCUGUUUGAAAUCUCUGACAUUGUUGUGACUGACCCUAAAAGAGAUGUUGGAGCUCGGAAUGAGCGGUGGAUAUGUGCUGUGAACUACAAUAAGUCCUCAGGGUUUGAGAUUGUUAAGGGUCUGCUGGACAGAGUCAUGCAGCUGAUGGAGAUUCCAUUCCAGAAGGGAGACGAAGGAUACUACAUCAAAGCCUCCGAUGAUCCAACCUAUUUCCAAGGGCGUUGUGCGACAGUCAUUUUGAGAGGGAAACCCAUUGGGACGAUAGGAGUGCUACAUCCCGAUGUUGUGACAAAGUUUGAAAUAAACAAUCCCUGUUCUGCCUUUGAGAUAUGUGUGGAGCCAUUGUUACACGGAUCCUGAUGAGCUCGUGACCCAUGUCAUAAACUUUAUCCAUCCAUUAACACUCUAUUAAUUUUUUCAAUACCUCUAACUCUCAAGUAUUUAUUAUACAUCAGGAAAUUAUUACACCAAACAUAUUCCAAGAAUGUAAUGGAGAUGAAGUGCUACAACAAAUAAAACAAUAUCAAAGGUAA